AUGACAUCACUCCCUGCCAUCUCCACUCUGCCACAUGCGGCGGACUCGGAGCUGACGACUGUGUUGGAUCUGCUUUUUGAGCCUUCUCCCCCGCUCAAUGCACUCACCCUGCCCGUGCUGCGAUCAACAACGUUUCCUAGCUAUGACGUCCUUAUCACUGCCGUGAAUGCCCAGCUCAAGGCGCUUGCGAGCUCAGAUAGUCCUGAGGACGUGAAGAAGCUGUCAGAGAUACUGUGCUCGCAUCCACGACUUGGCGAGAAGAAGGUCGAGAGCGAGCAAAGCAGGAAAGAACAGGCGCAGCUGCAGCAGGGAGCCGAGGAAGAGAAGGAGAAGCUCGCGAGUCUGAACAGGGAGUACGAGGAAAAGUUCCCCGGGUUGAGAUAUGUCGUGUUCGUGAAUGGUCGUCCCCGCCCCGUCGUCAUGGAAAACAUGCGCUCCCGCAUCGACCGAGGUGAUAUCAAGGCUGAGCGACAGGAAGCCAUCCAAGCCAUGUGCGACAUAGCACUGGACCGUGCAACGAAGCUGCAGGCAUGA